AUGGUCAUGUAGGAAUAUGAAUGGCAGAUGGAUACUAAAAUUGAGCAAGUUUCAGUCAAUCUUUAGAAUAAAAUGCUUGAAAUAGAUAAAAAUUAUUGCGAGGAUUUAUAUAAAUCUACAAUAAAUGCACCAAUAGUUGUAAGUUGGGCAAGAGCUAUGAAGGUCUACAAAAGAGAAGAUUUUAUGAAAGAAAUAUAUCCUAAAAUAGCUUAAAGGAAAAAAUUCGGCACAUUAUCACAUCAAAAUGUUUUUAAAGAUGCAAAAGAUACUCAAUAAAAAGUCAAUAUACUUGAUGUCAGACUAAAUGUCUUAACAUUUUUAAGGACAUUUGGAAGUGCAGCUAGGGAUAUUUGGAAAAAGGAUACAAGACUUUAGGAAUUGAGUAGCAUAAUUUUGAAAGCCGCUCUAGAUUCUAAAUUUGAUUAAAGAUUAGGCGAAUUUUAAAUCAUAGACAAUUUUAGAGUUAAUAUGAUGAAGGUCAAAAGAGAAUUCAGGUUGAUAGCGAUUGAUAAAACUACAGAGACAAAUGGAUUCCUGAUUGUGACUCAUAAAAAGAUGGUUAAAGAGGCUGUCUAUAAGGGUAUGGAAGAUUUGAGAUUUCUAUGUAGAGCGAGGAACGUGGACUAAAUGUAUGCAUUUGCAACAAAUAUGUAUGAAUGGCAAAUCUUGUACUAUAAUAGACUUAGAGAGCUUAAUGAUGAAAAAGACUUUUUUUAAAUAACUAUGGUGAUAAUGAUAUGA